CAGCGUAUAUGGGCUGUGCAGCUGAAGGAUCAAAAGAGAUGUAUACAUCUCGAUUCCCGGUUACACUACAUAUCCAUAUAACAGGUAUCCUUCUCGAAUCUUCGGUUCCGUUCUCGAAUCUCGGUUCCGGCGGUGGGGUCCAUUGCAUAUUUGCUGACAUAGAGCAUGUAAUUCGAGAAUCGGGUAGUAAUAUCAACUUCAUUUACUAGGCAGCCAAUCUAUAUAUUAUAAGUACCUACCAAUUAUCUAACUGAUAGAGUAGGUGAAGUCGGUUACCUAUAGAUACAGACCAUUCUAAGACACCAAAGACAAAAGUCGAAUCAUGAGCUCGACAUCGGAACAGCAGGGGAAGGAAGAGGUAACGAAGCAGAGCGGUACCUACGAAGCGGGCUGCCACUGUGGCUACAUCAAAUUCUCGGUGACGUUGUCGCCGCCGCUGCCCGAGUACGAGGUCCUCAAUUGUAACUGCUCUGCAUGUACACACCUCGGCUAUCUUCUCGUGUAUCCCGACGUCAAAGACGUAGUAUGGCACAAUAACAGCCGCGAGCGAUGCGCCAGCUACCGAUUCAACUCCAAAAAGAUGGACCAGAUGUUCUGUCCCAAGUGCGGUGCCAGUCUAGGCAUCGACUUCGAGGGCUUCUUCAAGCCAAAAGACAUGUAUGGCAUCAGCAUCCGCACAUUCUACGACAUCAACCUCGACGACCUCAAGUAUAAGAAGGUCGAUGGGAAGAACAAGGCCAAGCCCGCGAAGAACUUGGCUGGACACAUCUGGGAUGAGGAGAAGCAGGAGCUGCAGUAGACGGGCUCGUUUUGUCCUUCGUCAUGGCCUGUCUCUCCAGUAGCUAGUAAUGUAGCUCCAUUGCCUAUCAUUAAGAGAUUUAAGUCCUAUUAGGGGCGACCUCAUAUUUCAUACUAAAAUAUAUGAUGAACCUCU